AUGCCCAGAAGUGGUCUAGUUUCUGGUGGUAAUAUGAAGGGGAAAUUACAUGUCUUCAAGGGCUCCAAAUCCUGGCACAUGAGGCUUACCUUUGACAAGCUACCAGGAUACACCAAUCUUCAUCGCUGUAAACUAUGUGGAAAAGUUGUUACGCAUAUUCGUAACCACUAUCAUGUACACUUCCCAGGUCGUUUCGAAUGUCCACUCUGUCAGGCGACUUACACACGCAGCGACAACCUUCGAACGCACUGUAGGUUUAAGCACCCAAUGUUUAAUCCCUUCACAAGGAAGUUGGAAGCUCCCCAAGAUAAUGUAGAUGUUAAGCCAUCAUUGUCUGUAAAUAAUACAACUGAGAAAUCGUGAUUCUUGGCAUACUAUUCUUUAUACCUGUUGUUGCUCUACAGAGAAUAUAUGAUAAAUUAUGUUUGUUGAAUAGACAUAUAUGCUGGUUUGUCCAAAACGGACAGAGAAGUUUUGUUAUUGUUAUUUUGAUUGAUGGUAAUGUAUAUUAAAUAUGGUGCUGUUUCUUUUGGGCAUGUUGACUAAUUUUAAUUCCUCAAAUUAUGUUGGGACUUAAAUAUCACAAACUGCAUGUAAAUUUACGCUCUCCCAGAGGGUGGCGUGCUUAAUAAAAAAUAAGGUUGAAACGAGGAAAGCAGGAAUGGAUACUUGUGUAAAUGUCCAGACUUGCUGUUGGGUACUCAUGGAAAUAGGUGAAUAUGUGGUAAUACAUAAUAUUUAUUUUAAGACAGAAUUUGAUUUCAUUGUUAUAAUUCUCUUGUUUGUUUAUGACUACCUUCAACUUUGUGGCAUGUCAAAGGUUUGCCAUUUCUUAAUGUGAUUUGUUAAUUUAAAUACUAAAACUUACUAUUUUACCUUUUACAAGUAGUUACAGUGACUUGAAGGCCAGUCUUAGUUUUCUGAUUCUCUGUUUUGUUGUAACCAAACAAGAACCAAAAGCUCUUAUUUUAUUUAGGUUCGUAUUGUAAAAGCAAGCAUUAUUUGAUGUUUUGACUUCAGAGAACCUUGUGGAUUCAAAACCUACAAGAAACUGUGACUUAAAACAAGUUUUCAAAUCUGCACCACAUAAUACAUGAAUUGUUUUAUUGUUGUGGUUUUGCUAACAAUCCAUGUUGCAAAUUACUAACAUAUCCAAUAGUGACUACUGCUCAUUUAUUUUCAAAUAUUUUUUUAAAAUAUUCAUAUAAAAAUUCAUAUUUAUGUUAUGCUGACAGUGAAGUGGUUAAUGGGUGUUCAGUUGGUGGUCAAUACCUCUGAAUAUUAAAAGAUAUAUUUGUUGUAUAAUGUGCAAGUACUUUACUCCAAUUCUCUGGGGGAUGGGAAAGAUCAGGUGCUUAGAAGGCUAGGCCAGGUAAGUGCAAUUAUUGUAAACCAAUUGAAGAAUGAUUUUGUGAGAGAUUUAAUAUUAGGAUUUAGAGUCUCUUUCAAAAGUGAUAAAAUGAAAUAAAAUAAAAUACAUUAAGUCACAAGAAAUGUAAAUAGCAUCAAAUUAUUUUUUUUAAUUCGGUAGAAGGAAGACAAUACGGAAAUUUCCAUAUAUUCCUUAUUUUUUACCAAAAUUAUGAUACAUAUUUUUGUUGCCUGUUUUUUAUAUUUAGAUCAAAUUGUUGAUGCACAGUUUAUCUAGUAAUUGAUAAAGUGCAUUUGCAUUUAAUAUACGAGAGGCAUUUAAUACGUGAAAGUGAUUGAGAUCUUCUAAGUACUUUUUAUAAAAAUAAAAGGAUUACUUUUAAAAAGUAAUAACUGUUUUAUUUAUUUUUGAUAUUUUACUUCUUAUUAGUUGAAUGGAAUUAUGUCUAUAUACUCUUGUUAUAAUGGCUGUUUGGGUUUUCAAAAUUUUAUUUUUAUGAUAAAAGAAGUGUGACUUCACAAAUAAAUAUUUAUUGGUCUCUGGGGUGCCAGUACUGUCAGCAGUAUAUAUUGUUUUAUUUACUUAAAUAUUAUAUACUUUACCCAUUAUGUAAUAUGUAAAAUUAUGUCCCUGAGGUAACAUUUUAUAAAUGGAUGAAUCAUUAAUAAGGAUAACAAACCUAAUACAUAGGCUAAGGGACUCGUGAGGAGAUGGUUAAAAAUUGUAUAGUAUUUUAUAAUGUUAAUUAUAUAUUGACUAAAUUAUGACUAUUAUAUCUUUGGAAGAAUGAUGCAGUAAUCCAUGUUAAAUUCUUUUGCAUUGUAAAUAAAAAUAUUCAAUGUAAGCAGGGUAAGCAAUUCAAAUAUAUCCUUUUUCAAAAAACUAAAGACAUAUAUAAAUAUAUGUAUAAUGUAGGCACUAAAUGGUAUCAUAGGGAUUUUUCUUGUGGAAAGAUGAAUAUAACAAAAUGUUAAUUGUUUGGUUGUUUAUUUAGAGAAGAUCUUUAUUGCUUAGAAUACGAGUAUAUCUGGAAUGUGAAGACAAAUGUGAUAACCAGGAAGGGUGCUAUAGCAUAACUGGAAAUGUGUGCAAUAAUUGCUAGGUUUCAUAAAUAUUAAAGAUAUUUAGAAGGUCCUUUAUAUUUUGUAAGAACAUACAAUUUAUUUAAAGGUUCUUAAUACUUAAUCAAAUGUAAAUCCUUGUCUUCUCCAUAUUACAGUUAGCAAAAGUAAGAAUUUUACAAUUCAUUGUAUCCUAUCAGCAGUUGGAUUUUGUAAAAUGUAUGAAAUUGAAUAAUUGCCUUUUAUGGAAGUGGUUCAGAGUCCUCUGCAUGCUACCAAAAGAGCUUUACAAAUGAGCAU